CUAAGGUGAAGAAUUUCUGCUUUAAAAAUAUAUCUAAUAUGAUGUUAAAUGAGUGAUUAAAACGUUUGAGGGUAUAUCUUAAUUGAACGUUACGUAUCGCUUUUCUACACCAGUUACAUAAAAUAUGGAUAACGUUUUCAAAUCUUGUAAAAUCUGGAAUUGAUAUAAAUAAAACUAUACGUUUCAUACAUAAAAGGGAAGUGUACGCAUGUGGCUUGGCGUAUGUGGGAUGAGCUCACUCGCAUAUGUGUGUGUGUUCGUCGGUGAAGAAAAAUUGAACUUCAGUGUGUUUAUAUUAUCUCCCGCGCAAAAACGUUAAAGGUUCAACGUUCGAUAAAUUAAUUUUUUUCAAUAGCAGAUAAUAUUUUAACAUCUGAAUGUUCGCUAUCAAAGAAUUAUGGGCACAAUAGAGAUCACAUUUCCAUUUGGUGGACAGCCAGGGAAAAUAUUAAAAUGGAGGGUUCGGAUGAAUACAAUGGUAUCAGCGGGCAGAAUAUUGUUUUUAUAUCAAAAUAUUACUCCUGGAACAGAAGAUGGCAAGGGUCCUGAGAAAAAGUAUCGAGCCACACGAUUUGGUCGUGUCUCAAAACUUUUGGCAAAAGAAGGAGAUAUUAUUCAGCCUGGGCAAUUGAUAAUGACAUUAGAAGGAUGUCGACAUCCUACUGUAAUGAAGGAUUUAUGUGCUGAAUGUGGUGUAGAUUUAAGGGUUGAAGGAAUUGGCAAAGAGAGCGAAAGUACAAAAAUAUCACAAGCUAGUGUACCAAUGGUACAUAGUGUACCGGAAUUAAAAGUAUGUCCAGAAUUGGCUGAAAAAAUUGGGAAAGAGGAUGAAAAACGCCUUUUAAAUGAUCGCAAGUUAGCAUUACUUGUUGAUCUUGAUCAAACGAUAGUUCAUACAACAAAUGAUAAUAUUCCUCCUAAUAUGAAGGAUGUUUAUCAUUAUCAACUUUAUGGACCAAAUUCCCCAUGGUAUCAUACCCGUUUGAGGCCUAAUACACGACACUUUCUCUCUGAAAUGAGUCGUUUAUAUGAAUUACAUAUAUGUACAUUUGGAGCAAGAAAUUAUGCACAUACUGUAGCUGCAUUAUUGGACAAAGAUGGAAUUUUAUUUUCUCAUAGAAUACUUUCUAGGGAUGAAUGUUUUGAUCCUGCAUCAAAAACAGCUAAUCUCAAGGCUUUGUUUCCCUGUGGAGAUGAUCUGGUAUGCAUUAUAGAUGACAGAGAGGAUGUAUGGCAGGGAUGUGGGAAUUUGGUUCAAGUAAAACCUUAUCACUUUUUUCGUCAUACUGGUGAUAUACAUGCACCACCAGGGCUUGAGAAAAAUGACAUAGCGCAAAGUGAUGGAUCAAUUUUAUCUGAAGUACAAAAUAUGAAUGAACCUUGUACAGACAAUAAUGAAUGUGAAACAAAUAAAAAUGGUGCAUCUGAAUUAUUGAGUGAAGGAGUUUUAACAGAUAACAGUCUUGAAAAAGUGAUUCCGGAAACGAUUGAAGACAACACUCUAUCCAAAUCUGAAGAAAAGAAUGAUAAAAAUACCAAAGAUGACACCAUGAAUAAUACUACUCAAAAUCCUAACUCUAGCAAUGAAAACAACAGUAACAAAAUAUUGGAGGAAAAAGAAAGUAUACUAUCAGCAAAGCCAACACAAGAUAUUAAAAAAGAGGAUACAAAAUUCAAUGAAAAUAAUGUUUUAGAUGAAGAUGACGAUGAUUAUUUAUUAUAUUUAGAAGAUAUUCUUCGAAGAAUUCAUACGGAAUUUUAUGCUAAUACAGAACAAGAAACGAGGCGCAAAUCAUUGAGGGACGUUAUUCCGCGAGUGCGAGCACGAGUAUUAAAAGGAGUACAUUUAACUUUUAGUGGAUUAAUACCUACUCAUCAGAAACUUCAUCAAAGUCGAGCAUAUAAAGUUGCCAGAGCAUUUGGAGCAGAAGUGUCACAAGAUUUAUCUGAUAAAACUACUCAUUUAGUAGCUAUUAGACCUGGUACAGCUAAGGCUAAUACAGCCAAGAAAAAUGAAAAUAUAAAAAUCGUAAAUCCAGAUUGGCUCUGGACUUGCGCAGAACGUUGGGAACAUGUUGAUGAACGAUUAUUUCCACUUACUAUAAAGGCUCGUGCUUCAAGAAUACCACCUCCUCACUGUAGUAGUCCAGAACACGUUGAGGACCAAGAAAAGAGGGCAGAACAUAGUUUCGCUGAUAGUAUUAACCCUCUAAUGUCAUUUACACCAGAAGAAAUAGAAAUUAUGGAUAAAGAAGUUGAAGAAGAUAUGGAUGAUCAAGAAAUGGAUGCACCUGUUUUUUAUACAGAGGAUGUAGAUAGUACCGACGAAUGUGAUAAUAAAGUUCGCAAUAGGGAUUCUGAUUCUGAAGAUUCCGCGAAUUGUGAACGAUAUAAUGUAAAUGAACCAAGAAGAAAGAAGAAAAAACUUUCUAACGAAAGUUCCGAAGAUGAUGAUUCAAGUGGAAGGGAAGACAGUUUGGAUGAUGAUGAAGACGAUGACGAUCCUGUAACACGUUUUAGAAGAGGAGAAGACUUACCUGAUGAUUUAGAUCUAGGUGAUAAUUCGCAAGAUUCAGUCGAAGAUCUUGAAAUAAUGGACAACGAAGAUGAUAGAGAAUGGAAUGCAAUGGGAGCAGCGCUCGAAAGAGAAUUUCUUUCUGAAUGAUUAUAAAGUUCUUUUCUUGUUUUUAUAAACUAAUUAAGUCAUCACAUUACUUGUAAAUUUCAAAUUGAUCAUUUUUAAUAAUAAUUACUGAUAAUAUUUAAAAGUUAACAUAUUUGUAGAA